AUGGGCAGCAAUGACAAGGAGGUAUCUGACAAGCUGGUGGACACAUUAUGUGUCCAAGUGUCUGAUGGUACCAGGACAGAAGGGCCGUUAACUGUUGAUGAAUCGAGCCCCCAGGAUCCUGGCGGUAACUCACAACAAGACAGCUGUGGAAAGGGAAGCACUGGGGACGACAAGGGCAAGGCUCAGCACAGCACACAAGGGGCGUCUCCCCUCCUGGACAGAUCAUCCAACCUACCAACUUACACAGGGUGGGAGGGCCCCUUGUGGGGUUCAACAGAGAGCAGUAUGCCACCAGCAGGCAGCUCCCAGAGCCACCAGGCAUCUGACCAGCUGCUGACAAACGAUGGCCGACAGUGCUGCCUGGAAAGGACCCAGGGGAGAAACGGAGAUAGCAAAGUAGCGCUAGAUGAUGGGGACGUGAUGUCCUUGGAUCUUGGUGCUCUCACACCUGUUAGAUCGACAGAUGCUGCUCGUGAUGAUGGCACAAAUCUGUCCUCUCCAGGCUCAACUUCCUCUGGCCAUUCUGGCUAUCAUAAACAGACACAGUCUUCAGGGUCAAGGUUCAGUGAGGACUCUAGAUCUGAAGAUUUGGGGCCCAAUGACGUCCAGCCUGCUGCAAUCGGAAGAUCACUGUCAGAUUUGGCCACUGAGGUCUACAAAGGCAGUGAGGGCGAAGGCCUGUCGCCACUGGAGGACGAGGCAUGGAAAAGACGAGGGAAACAUUUCUUCAUAUUCAGCAGUGCUGGCAAGCCUAUUUACAGCAGGGCCUGA